ACAAACAACGGUGGCAGUUUCGGUUUUGACGUGUGGCCAGCGACAACAACGCGCUGUUGUUGUUGAGAUUUAUUUCAGUUUGAAAUAAAAAUUAACUAAAAAAUCGUCAACAGAACGAUUAAAAAAUAACAUAUAAAAUGAGUGCCGUUGAUUCUGUUAUCAAUUUCAAACGAAACCCGGAUGAAGAUUUUUAUGGAAUGCUCAAUUGUGAUGAAAAUUCAUCGGUUGAACAAAUUCAGGCGGAAUACAAGGUUUUGGCGUUGCAGUUUCAUCCAGACAAGAACAGCGGUGAGAAGGAUGCUGAAAUGAAAUUUCAAAAACUUAAGGAAGCGAAAGAAACGCUUUGCGAUCCUGAAAGACGCGCCAACUACGACAAGUGGCGGAAUAGUGGCAUUGCUAUGAGCUAUAAAAACUGGUUGGGUAUGAAGGAACAUGUGGGUCAGGUGAGAAGAUACACAAUUGCUGAAAAAGUGGAUAAAGAGUCUAUGCACUGGGUGACGCCAAAAACCAAAGAUCGUAUGUUACCAGAGACUGGUGGAUCUACUGCAAGCUCUGCAAGCAGUGGAGGGUUAUCAGCUGCGUCACCGAAUCCGGCUCAUCGUCGAGCUUCAGAAGGUGGAGCUGCGCUUUAUUAUGGCAAUCGCAAGACAGAAUGGGGCACAGAAAAUUCUGAUGUAGCCAAUAAAUUUCGUAAUUAUGAGAUAUAAGCAAACUAGCUUCAAUUAAACAUACCAAAAGAAAAAAACAAAAACCAUUUUAAAAACAUUAAGAAUCAAAAUAAGAAAAUUUCAAUGUUGUACUCUUAAGUAGAAAUCUUAAUGUUGUUUUGAAAGAUCAGAAUGAUCGGCACUAUAUUCAAAAACUUAUAAAAAAUGACAAAACCAAAAUUUUAAUGUGUGUUGACAUAUCCAUUCCGAAUAUUAUAUAAAUAUGCAUAUUAUCCUUUAUCAUACGUAUGUGUUUUAUGUGAAGCACUAAUUUUAAAUGUUAAACAAAAAAUAUAUAUCACGUAUAAAUUACGAUAUGAUACUAUUUUAAGUAUUGAAGAAAACUAAUUAAGAAACAAUUAAGAAACUGUAAUUUCACUAAACGAAAAAUAUUUUUUAAUAAAACUUUUUUGUAAUUUUAUCAUACGCAUAUUAUAAGAAAAAAUACAUAUAUUAAAAAAAACUAAAAUUGUUCAAAUAUGAGAUUCAUGGAACAUGUAUACAUACUCGUAUAUAGUACACAAUCUCUCGUAUAUUAAUGUUAGGUGUGCUCCUUAAGACAAUCCCCUUUGAAAAGUAAUUUAAUCAUUGUUUUAUACAAGACAAAUUACAAACUGAUAAAGAACCACCAAAUGAGAAAGAAAUGACUCAACAAAGCACAGACUUUUCCUAAUAUAAAGAAGAAAAUAACACUCAAAAUAUAUUUUACCUGAAAUCAAAACUUUAAAGCGAAUUUAAAAAAUUAAAUUUUAGUAAACUUAAAAGUAUUUACACGCAAAACUCACUCGGUGUCCUUUCGAACAAUAAUUAUUACUAUUAAAUGAAAUGAAAAUUGUUUUAAAUGUGUAAUUUUUAGAAAUAUAAGUGUGAUGUUUAGUUGUAAAAAUGUUGGUGUUUAUAUAAAAACACAGAUUUAUUAAUAGAUGUUUGUUAAAUAAGAAGUCAUAUUAAAAUACAUUAUUUACAAAUAUUUUAUCUGGAACAUUAAGAAAAUUAAGCAAAUUGUAACUUAAAUGUAUUUAUAUAAAUUAAAUAAUAAUUAAAUCUACAUUUAUCUGAAGGCUCAUAUAAAGAGACUUCUAAACUAA